AUGGCACCAAAGAUUGACUUGAUUUCUGAUAUAUCCCCUUCCAAAGAAAAUUGGAAUAUCAGGGUUCGAGUCGUUCGCCUUUGGUUUGUGAGGGAUAUGAAAAAGGAUCAACUUCCUUACUCCUUGGAAAUGGUUUUGAUGGAUAAUAAGGGCGACCGAAUCAAUGCUUCUGUAAGACGUACUCUCAUAUACAAAUAUGAGAAGGAGCUGAGGGAGGACCGUGUUUUCUCCAUUGGAAAUUUUAGUGUUGCCUCUAAUGUGGGAUCGUAUAGGACGGCGAGACACCCUUAUAAGAUUAACUUUCAGUAUGGUACCAAAAUAAAACAGUGUGAUGAUAAGUUUGUUCCUGCUGACAUCUACGUGAUCGGUGAUUCUCGCGAAAUCUUUCAAUCUGAAUAUGAUACGGAUUACUUGAUCGAUGUUAUGGGUAUGUUGAAGGCUGUUGGUGUUGAGAAGUCAUAUACUCGCAAUGGAUCUCAAUCGAAGAUGAUUCCUAUUGAGUUGGAUUACGAUGGGUUUCGUUUUAAGGUCACCCUGUUUGGUCCUUAUGUCGAUGAGUUGAAUGCUUUUCUUGCAUCUGGUGAAACCGAAAACGUUGUUGUUGCUGUCCUCUUAACCAAGAUCAAGAUCUUUCAAGGUCAGGCGACGAUACAAAAUACUAUUAAUGCAACAAAGGUGUUGUUCAAUCCAACUUUCACUGCUGCUCUUCUAUUGAAGAAGAGGAUGGUUGAGAAUGAUGAUUCUCCGUCACCGGGCAUUUCUAAAAUUACGGAGGCAUCUAAGGUUAGCGUUGAGGAGGACUUUCUGAAUUUGUCCCCGAUGACCACUGUUGAAGGCCUUAAGGAUUGUGCCGAGGAGAAAUGUUUUGCGGUGUUUGGCACUGUCAAUGUUAUUGUUGAUGAUUCGGAUUGGUGGUAUACAUCUUGCGUUGUCUGUAACAAAAAGGUGUACCCUGAUGAGAAGAUGUACUUUUGUUCGAAGUGCAAUAAGCACGUGUUGAAUGUGACACCCAGGUACAUGAUCAAGAUGAGGGUUGUUGACCACACUGAUUCUGCUACUUUUGUUUUAUUUGACCGCGAUGCUGCUGAGUUGUUUAAGAAGACUUGUGCUGAUAUGAUUGAAUCCUGUGGAAUGGGAACUGAUGCGUCAGAAGUUCCUAAAGAUAUCCUUGCUAUGGUUGAGAAAUCUUACCUGUUCAAAGUCGAGACAAACUUGGGAUCUUCGACUAUGUACGAGAAGUCCUAUCGGGUUAAGAGAGUUACGGCCGAUCCUGUGUUGGUAGAAAAGUUUCAGACCAAAUAUAAAGAUUUGAUGAAGAAUGUCCAUGAAGAGGAUGUUAAUUUGGUUGAUGGUGUCGUUGAUGGUGGUGCUCUCAAAUCAUCCGACACUAUUGUUCAGGAUUUGAUGAAAAAACUUGAUGAACCGACUGCUGGGAGCGUAGAUGGGAUAGAUGAAUCACUUACCGCGAGCGUACAUGGGAUAGGUUUGGUGCAAGACGUUGCAGUUAUGAGUGAUGGUGGUGAUGUUGAUGCUCCAGAUAAACGUAAUGUUACGGUUUCUAAGCGUCCCAUCGAUGGUUCUAAGGUCGAGAAAGAUGGUUCCUCCAAAUCACUCGAGCUGAUUAAGCGUAUUAAGACCGAGAAGCCUUGA